GAUGGCUGCCGCCUGGACUUAAUGGAAAAGAGCACUGUAUUGCGAUUUUUAAUCUCCACGAAGAGGAGUGGAAUACAGAUUCGGUAGUUAUAACAUUGCACAUCAACGUCCCGGUUAAACGAUCGAGUGGAGCAUAUUUUCGGCUUUCCAGGAUGUUUGCCAAACCCUUUCGUGUCAAAUCCAACACAGUGAUCAAAGGAUCUGACAGGAGAAAACUCAAAACGGACAUCUCAAAUGCCUUCCCAGCGCUGUCGGCGGAGGACCUUUCCGAACUGGUCCCGAACAAGGAGGAUUUGAAUGUGGUCAAGAUUUACGCCCACAAAGGCGAUGCUGUCACACUGUACGUCCUGCACAAGAACCCAAUAUUUUUCCAAGUGGAGAAGCAGCUCUAUCCCACAGUGUACACUCUGUGGCAUUAUCCAGAUCUCCUACCGUCUUUCACAACUUGGCCCGCAGUGUUGCAGAAAUUAGCCGGAGGGGCAGACCUCAUGCUGCCCGGUGUCGUGGUGCCACCUGGAGGUCUCCCAGAGGUCAAGCAGGGGGAUUGCUGUGCCGUAACCGUGGUGAGAAACAGGGCGCCUGUUGCCGUGGGGACUGCAGCCAUGUCCACCUCAGAGAUGCAGAGCCAGGGCAUGAAGGGUCGGGGGGUGUCCAUCCUGCACACCUACAUGGACACUCUGUGGGGGUUUGGGGACAAGACAGGACCCCCAUCCAUCCCGCCAACAGACGGCAUGGAGGACACCGAGGGAGACGUGGAGGGGGAAGGGGAGGCGGAAGGGGAGGGUGGAGGAGAGACAGAAGAAGGCAAAGGGGAGCCUUGUCCUGAGCCGGAGGAGGAGCAGAAUGCAGAAACCCUCUGCCCCAAUCUGCGGGAGCUCAGCCUGGCCCCAGGGGAAGGAGGAGAGGGGCAGGAGGAGGGAGCAAGUGAGGAAAAGCACAGAGACGAUGAGCAGGAACCAGAGGACAGCAGAUCUCCACAAGAGCAGAUGGAUGCCCUGCUCUUCCAGUGUCUCCUCCACGCCCUGAAGAGUAAAGUGAAAAAGUCAGAGCUCCCCCUGCUGACCAGCACCUUCCUGCGCAACCACAUGUUCUCCUGCUGUCCGAGCGGGAAACAGCUGGACAUAAAGAAAUCCAGCUAUAAAAAGCUGUCCAAGUUCCUGCAGUGCAUGCAGCGGCAGCACCAGCUGCUCCAGGUGAAGGAGCUCAGCAAAGGGGUGGAGAGCAUCGUCGAAGUGGACUGGAAACACCCGGAGCUGCGCUCUUUCUGCCCACCAGAGGGUGCUGCGAUGGAGGAGAGUCCCAUGGAGAGCAACGGGGACUCUGAUAGGCCAUACCAGCCUCCCGAAAUCACCACCCUUUACUCUGUCUCCGCCCGCCUGGAGCCCCUCUUCCAGGACUCCCAGAAGAGGAAGGGGGCGGUACUCUCUCCAGCAGAGGUCAGGACUAUUGUUACAGAGUAUGUGAAGAAGAAUGAGCUGGUCGAUGAGACAAACAAAAACUAUGUCACUAUCAACCCCACCCUGUGUGACUGCCUGCUGGAAAAGUCCGAGUACCAGGAGGUGGAGAAACUCAAGUGGGACGAGCUCUUUAGCAGAACCCUGGACAAAAUGCAACAUUGUCACCAGCUCCUGUUCCCAGGUCAGGAGCCAAUCAUCAGGAAGGGUCACAUGGAACCCAUAGACAUCUCAAUGGCCUCCAGGGGCUCCAACAAGAAGGUGACUCUGAUUAAGAACCUGGAGCUGUAUGGGCUGGACCCAGCAGGCGUGGCCUCCGUCCUGCAGCACCAGGUCCAAGCCAGCACUGUUCUCAACCCAGUACCAGGUGCCAAGGACCGGGUUCUGGUCCAGAUCCAGGGGAACCAGGUCCAGCAAGUGGGGAAGCUGCUGCUAGAUCAGUAUCAAAUUCCACGCAAGUAUAUUCAAGGCCUGGAGAAAGCACAGAAACCAGGCAAGAAGAAAUAACAGGAC